CGAUGCGUCAAAUUCAGUUUGUGUUAGUGCCGUUACCUCGGGUUCAACGAAUUAACGUUUCUUUAAUUGUAUCCACAUAAAAACGAAAAAUCGUGUAAACUUUUUUUUUUUAAAUACAUGUUAAAACAAUAUUGAUUAAUCCACGAAGCAAAGCGUAGUGUAUACUUCAAUAUUAUCAAAUAUCACGCAAAAAGGUAGUCGAUUUUGCCGUACAAUGCACAAGGAUGUGUUUAAUAUUGAAGCAUUUUUGUAGACAGAAGGAGAAUCAGAACUUAAUUAGAGCGAUGCAAUGAUACAUAUUCGUUAGUUAUUACGUGAAAAGUAGGCGAUAGUUAAUGCAUCCUGAUUGUAACAAUGGCUUAUCACGAUUCUUCGCUUUUAUCGUAAUCAUACAUAAAGAUUGGGAGGGGAAAAGAAGCCUUCCCCCUCUUCGUGCCUUUACCUUACCGGCGGUCAAGUACACGGUAAGCAAGGUGAAGGCGGACAGGGGGGCAGGUGAGUGGCCCAUCGCACAGUGUUACGCUAUAGGAUUGCAAGAUAUUCAGUUUUGCUAUGAUCGUCGACUGGUAGACAAGCCAGAAGACUGGCUCCGCGAAGACAGUCUCGAGGAAAGUUCGGUGGCCUCACGAUUAUCGCGGAAAACGCUCGUUUUCUUCUCGCUUUAUCUUUUCUCACGUCGUAGCUGAUAAACGCGCCAUGGAAUUUCGCACCUUUGUCAUGAUACUCUUGUGUGCGUCGUCUUAUGCCGAGGAUUACGAGAAACUCAGAAACAACAAUAACAAACCGAUCGUCAAUGAUAAUGAAUCUGCGGGAAGAGACGAGCCUCCCGAGGGUUACUACGCGUUCGUCGAAUCGCCGAACGCGGAACCACCCCGAGUUCGACCGCCGCCGUACAUCGACAGCGAUAAAGAGUGUUAUGAUAGCGGUAAGCAGGGAAAGGGAUUCGUCUCGAUACAUAAUAUCUGCGGCGACUUGAACAAAGGUUAUAUUCCGCGGAAUCCAAUGAAACAAUACGUAAAUGGUUCGUCAUAUCCCUUCGCGUUGAUAAAGAAUCAUACCCUCAAGUUUCUCAGCAAAGCGUUACCGAUUCUCAAGGCCGACGACUCGUUGCCGAAGGUUGCCAAAGUGCAUCAGUUAUCGCAGAAUUCCGUCGAUACAGACGAGGAGGAGAAACGCGGCAGAAGCAGAAGAUCCAGCCCGACAGAUUCGACUGUGGCUGGGGAUUCCAGCCGAAACGGGCGCAAGUUUUGUGAGAACGGCGGAGGAGUGGUAUGCAUGUUGUACAAGGCGAUUCAAGGCGAGCCGAUCGCGCCGUCAGCCUCGGUCAUCGAACGCCGGGAUGAGCCGUCCCCAUCCGAGUAUCGACGUGGUGAACGCGUACCUUCGCAGGAGAAAACGGAAUACACGGGCCCACCGACACCGUGCCCGGCUAAGGUCGAAUAUGCCACCCCAGUUUUCGCCAAGAAUUAUCAAGGUGUCUGGAGAUACGUGGUGCAGAUACCAUACGAGGGUUACUUCACGCAGACGAUCGAGCUCACCAGAUGCAUGCAAUCGAGAUGUCAUUACUUGGACGGGGGAUGCUUGUCGUCGCCGAGAUGGACAAGUUUGUUGGUUGCCGAGAUCUUUUAUCCGGAGACGUUCAUAGAAGACAAUCAAGGUUCCAGCCCUGGAACCUCACCUGGGACACGAGAGCCUGUCGCCGGAUCGCCGCCACCAGUCCAUGAUUUUCAAAAUUAUCAGCAAUACCUGCAGAAACGCGCGAGUACUGGGGAGGCGCGUAACAACGGUAGCGUUCAGCAACAUCACUGCGACGGUGUCGACGAAAUGGGUUGCUUCCAGGUACGGCUAUAUUACGAUUGGUUUUUGGUGCCGGGGAGCUGCAAAUGCUGGCGGCCGGAUUACUUCAAUCGAUACGUUCGUCGCAGCGGUUCCAAUGUCGAAUUAUGACGAGGUUCGUGAGGACACUUUCAACUCCCCUCCGAGAAAGCCUUUAGGCCGCGUAAUUGCAUCGAUUGUAACCACACGCGCUGACGAAGCUGACAGCGACUCAGCUGAAUCGCUCGAUACAUCGCGCGCAACCAAACGUUGCCACGUGUUUACACUUAUACGAGAUACUAUUUAUUCAAAGCGCCACAUGUGCACACUGUGUCAACAUAAUUAUUUGAUUUUCAUUAGUUUGUAAAGGCGAUAAUUUCGUAGGCUGUAACGUUAAGACGAUCAAACGUGUUUGACUAUAUUGAUAGACUGCCAGCAUCCACGACUUGCUAUUACAUCUACGUCAAAGAAGGAAGGUCUGUAUGUAUGUUAGGAAAGAUAUAAAGAGACAUCACAAUCGAUAUUCCCCACAGGGAGGGAAACAUCUCUAUUACAUUUGUAUUAAAAAAAAAAAGGAACAUGAAGAUCAUACGUGUUGCGAAGCUUUUCUCGGCUCUGUAUGUUAACGUACGUAAUGUAUGUUUCUCGAAGCUGGAUUCACGAGAAAACACAUAUA